ACCGGUCACGCGUAGUAUCUUGAGUACACGGCAGCUCGCUCUGAUGACGGAUAAUCACGCGGAGGUGCAACUCAAUACAGUUUUCGUGCCACCUCUUCUUUGGGCUGCUUAUUACACGUGUGCCUUCUUUUCGUUAAGAGUUUGUUAGAAAAGUAGAACAAAGUAGAACAUUCAGAAAAAAAAUGACGCUUAAUCCAAAUCUGACACCUUUUGUCAACAUCAGUAGUGUUUAAUACCAUCCCCUGGUAGUAAAUGCCAUGGCAUACACUUGAAGGCACAGUUUCUAAGAUAUGCGAAAUAUUCACUUCUUAGCUUGCAGCCAGAGUGGAGAAUUACGGUGUCUGAUUGAAAAGGGAGCUAAUUGGACUUAAGAAUUCAUAGGGGGCAGUAAAGAUCACCACUUAUAGCUGGCGGUUUUUUCUUUUGGUUUUCCUUUCUUUGAAUGAAGAGUUUAUGCUGUGCAACAAAAAUGAAAACGCAUUCAAGUUAAGUUGUGCUGCAACUACGGGAAAUACGAAACUGACGAUUUAAGGCUCAAUGGAGGACGAAAUGACAGAAAUUGAAAGUUCAGUGCGGACAAGGAUGCUGAUGGAGAGACUGCAUUCCAAAUUUUCAGAGAAGUCAUGGAAUGAAACGCUCUAUAUUGUUCACAGAUGUUUGGAAAAGCCCAUUGGAAUGUUGGGGUCAUCAGUAAAUCAAUUAUUUUUGAACUGCGUGGCAAGUCUCCAAAAAUCUUUAAAUGUUACUUCCUUUACUGGCAUUGUAACCAGACUGGAUGCUAUAUCAAAACUGCAGGGGCUGGGCUCGCAUCGAAGCCCCAAUGAUACUGCUUACUAUAUUACUUCUGACAUGUUCUAUUUAGAGAUUAUUCUAAAGUCAAGUGGUGAAGUGAUGGAUGUCAGGGUGGCUCAUCAUGGGGAAGCCCCUGUGAUUUCCAAGGAGUUGACAGAACUUUUAAGAGCAAGAAAAUUUGAAGAUUUUUCAGAGAAGUUGGAAGGACUCUGCUCUCUCUACAAUAUUGCUGGGGAUCGUGAAACCAAGAUUAAGGUUUUUUCUGCACUACAAUCACUUGAAGCUGACCUGAUGAAAAUGUCUCAGUUUCCAAGGCAGACGGUUCACUGUGACUCCAGACUUGAUACAGUCCUAAAUGGGAGUGUUGGAAACUUGACACCAAGACAAGAAGGUAAACCAAUGACUGUUGAAUAUUUUGUGUCUCCAUAUGACCAACUGGAGGAUCCAGUCAUGCACGGCCGCUUUGGAGAAAUUCUCCUGGUGACUGUUGAAGGAACGAGCUUGACGUACAGGCUACCUAUUUCACCUUUGCUUGUGGAUUCAAUGGAGCACAAUGAUGAAAGAGUGUCUUUGUUCCCACCUUUGGAUGAUGCAGUAAGCAUGGAGCUGCCAGCCUGCUUCUUUCUGAAGUUUGCCCAUCCUCUUCCUGUCCUCUCCAUUUUAAUUGAAAGACUACAAAGUUUAACAGGAAUUUCCAUUAAUAUGGAGCUACAUAGGAAUAUUUUUUUUGAGCUUUUGAUAAAAACUGUACUUAAACAGAGGAAGUGUGAAAUACAAGAUAUGAGCAUGCAGUCUUAUUUUUUACAAUCUCUUCCAGGUGAUGAGGUCCAAAGCUAUAUCCUUUCCCAGUAUGUCCCUGGAAACCAAAAGGGGCCAAUGGAAGGUGUUCUUCUUAGCAAAAUUCCAUUCAGCCAUCCAGAACAGGUUCCUGCUAUCCUAGAAGUGCUCCGCCAUCAGUGUGCAUUCAAUACCCUGUUAAGCAGUUGUAUCUCUACAAACAGGUCUGACUGCGCAGUCCCUGGAGCUCGGCACUUUGAGGUUUAUCCUUCAUCUGAUAUGAGCUUCUGUAUCACCUUUGAGCAUCCCACCAUGGUGUCUUUAGCAACAGUAAUUGUGAACGUAGUCAGCUCAAGGCACAUUCAUGGCACAUUCUAUAAGUCGGAAAAAAUGGAAGCAUCAAUGGAUGAUUUUAUUUCAAGGGUUCUUCAGCGAUGCAUGUCCAUCCCCGUCACUAUGAGGGCCAUUUGUAGAAAAAUGCACAAACUGAAGAGUGAUUCCCUUGUUGAAGCAUGGAGUCCAUGCCAACCUGAAGCCGCAACCAACUAGCUGUUCUCACGUUUAUCAUUCGUUCCAUACUACUUCUUACUCCUUAAAUAUUUGAAGAGUAAUAUGAAAUAAAAUUUGCCUUGUG